CUCCUUUGAGCUAAAAGUAGCAGAUUUUUCUUAUCCGAGUCUACGGUUCUGCUUCAAAUCCUCAGUUUGCUCAUCGAUUUGUACCUUUGUUGGCUCUUGUCUCUGAUUCUGAUUCUAAUUUCCAGCGCUUAUAAUCUGUCUGUCUUCGUGUCCCUAUUUUUGCCCGGAUUCUCUCCCCGCACAUUAUUAUUUCAAUAUCAAAAUUGGCCUUUCUUCAUGAUUCUGGAUAACGGUGGAGUGAAUCCAUCUGGAUAAUCUAUGAAUUGUUCAGUAAGCUGAUUCUGGAAUCCUAGGUCAUGAUAUCUAGAUUGGACUGUAAAUUUUUGUUCAAGAUAUGUUCUUCUGUUGACACACCACCAUUAAGUAGUAUCACUCGAAAUAAAGAACGAAAAUAUGGAUGAUGGAGACAUUGAGCUUUCAGAUAGUUUCUUCUUGUCGAAUCCAGAGUCAUCUAGCAAUGUUCAGUCUCCAACUUCCAUGAAUAAAAUCAAUGAAUUCUUGAGGAACACCAGAACAUGCACCCAUACUCACACUUGCAACCCUCCUGGCCCUGAUGCAGCACAUACCCAUACUUGUUACCACACACACACCCAAGUGAUUGCAUCUGAGGAUGAUCAUACAGAUGGUAAAGAGCACACCAACUCAAAAAGAAAACGGCCUUCAGGUAAUAGAGAAGCUGUUCGAAAGUAUAGGGAGAAGAAGAAGGCACAGACAGCUCACCUGGAGGAGGAAGUUAAGAAACUGCGUCUGCAGAAUCAGCAAUUAGUUAAGAAACUACAAGGACAUGCACUUCUUGAAGCUGAGGUCUUGAGGUUGAGGAGCAUUCUGGUAGACCUUAAAGGGAAAAUUGACAAUGAGUUGGGUGUUUUUCCUUAUAAAAAGCAGUGCAAUAACUCUUCUUCAAUCUUUAAGGAUGGGCAAACCAAUAUGCUGCCCACAGGCCAUGCGACUGGUCUUCAGUGUGAGACCAAUUUUCAGUGCUUUGAUCACCGUGCAGGAUUACCAUCUCAGGUUGAUAUAUGUGGAAAUGAAAAUUUCAUGAUUCCAUGUGAAGGGAACUGUCAACCUCUCGCUGUAAAUUGUCAAGCUAACACAAAUAACAUGUCAAAUACUGAAGGGCAAGUUGUGGACUCAUUGGAUAAUUUGAUGUCAUCUGCAUCUCAAGAUGAGAAAGUGAAUUAUCUCCAAUCUUGAACUCGUUAUCCUGGGUGAUUUACGCAGUAUUUUCUACACGAAAGAAAUCAUAAACACAACGAAACAAUCAUUUACAGUGACAUUGGCUUGAAAUGAAAGAGUGGGACUGCAGAAUUCUACCAGAACAAAGUUUUUGUGGCAGUACUGAACUGCUGCUUUGUGGAACUGGAAUUAAAGCUCAACAUAUGAAUUUAUCAGCUACGUAAAACUACGUAUUUUUUCAUCAGUAUUCAUUGCCUUUUUCAUUAUUGUAUUCUCAGUAUAGCAAUUUUAAAACCAACCUUCAUUUACACCCCUUUUGGUAAUCCUAAUUUCUACUUUCUCUUCUCUCUCUUUUAUUCGUUUGUUUUGCCAGUUUUGCUGCAUCAGCCAUUUCCCCCUAUGAUUCAUUCUCAUUGAAAAUGACCUGUCUCUCCAAAUUUAACUCGCUGGUCUUGAAGCAUGUUUGGGGUGGCUCAAGGCUACUUAACAUGAAAUCACGUUUUGGGGUGACUCAACGCCACCCCCAACAUACGCUUAAUCCAGUACCCUUCAGCCUUCAAAUUAAAGGUGGAUUGUAUUUUUUUCGUUCUUAUGCAUAUGUUGAUUCUUGCUAAUUUUGGUUAGACCAUGUGCAAUGUGCAUGUAUAUAUAUACAGUUCUUUUAUUCCUUGAACUCUUCUGAUAAUUUUACCAAGGACAAAAGCUAGGUAAAAAUUCUUGAGCACUUGCUAUCAAGAUUUUCAAUAAAAGUGUAUCGAAUGUGUACAUAAUUCAAUAUUACAUCA